AUGUCGGGUUUACUAUGGUACAUGGUGGUUUUGGCAGCUAGAGGAGGCUACGCACAACCACUAAAUUACGGAUAUAACAAAAGUGAAAGGAAUAAUAACAAUGAUUUGGUGACGGUUUUCUUGUUUUCUGUGGUGACGUUCAGCGUGAUGGUGACGUUUUUUGGAAUAAUAGUUUUCGUGGUCAAAAGACGGAUUAGGUUAACGGAAAGAGAGAUGGUCAGGGAAGAAGAAAACCAGGUAUAUCUUGAGUUGAAUUCGGACGAACAGGAGCUUUAUUUCCAAUCGAAGGAAUAUCUCAAUAACAACCCCUAUGUGAGAGAUGAGUUGACGUUGUCGCAAAAUUUGGCAAUACAGGAGAAAGGAGUAAAGGCGUGGGAAUUUGUGAAGGACCCUAUGUUGGCGAAUAACGAUAUGAUGAUUUUGAACCGGUACGAGAUCACAUUUUUCAAGAAGUUUGAGUGCUCGACGCAAACAAACUUGCCAAUACCCAUGAAAAACGACGUGUACUACUUUGAAAGUAAAAUGCACCACUUGCCACAUCCAGAGGAUACGGUUGUGUCUAUUGGGCUAGGAAUCAAGCCAUACCCGUGGUUUAGAUUACCAGGAAGACACGCGAACUCGGUAAGUUAUGAUUCAGAUGGAUACAGACGCCAUAAUCAGCCAUUUAAGAUCACCAACGAUCCGCCAUUUCCUAAGUUCAUCGAGGGUGAUGUUAUAGGAGUUGGGUAUCGGGUCAGAAGCGGAACGAUAUUUUUCACCAGGAACGGGAAGAAAGUCAGCGAACUGAAAAUCGGGGGUCACAUUAAAAACUUCAAGAUUUUGCAUAAGGGACAAAUAUUUCCUAUCGUUGGGGCAAAUAAUUUAUGCUCCGUGCAUGUAAAUGUUGGCCAGAUGGGCUACGUGUUUAUCGAAGGUAAUGUAAAAAAAUGGGGCUUUGGUCCCCUCGAAGGGAAUGGUCCGGCACCACCAGCAUACAACAAAUUCAACGCAGAUAUUUUACUUGAAAGAUCCGAGAUCGACGAGCUGAAUGAUUUGAGUGAUCGUGAUGAUGAUUUCCCUCCUAAUUUCUGGGAAAUCAAUCCGAUAGAUGAUGACGACAUCAACGACAAGUACAGUUAUAAUGCAUACAGUGACUCAAAUUCGAAUCAUGAGAGAAUAACGUUGAAUAGCAUCCCUAUUAAGCCUCCUUCAUAUGAUGGAGACCAUGAACUGGAUGAUGACAUAAAUGAUGGUCUGGCGUCCACAGAAGCCCACCGUACUGACAAUAACCACGAAUCGCACCACAUACACGACACAACUCCUGAUAGAGACUCCAAUAAUACUACAUAA